UUGAUUGGCGCAUUGCAGAAAAUCAAAACCAACGAUCACAUAGGCGGGCCUAUGGAAUCAACAAUUAGCAAGAGCUGGGCUCGUACAGCUAACCUCCGCCAUUGGCUUCAUCGCCCGGACUGUCCCCAAGCAAUUAAACAAGUACAGGUCAUCUUCAACAAAUGCUUUGUGCCAGUCAAUGCUCCCAGAUCGACAGAAGAUUUCGUUCAGGCUAAGGGUUCACGUCGUGCAUACGCCCAAUCCGACGGUGUCAAUUUCUCUGGUGUGGAGACACACAUAGGAAAUGCAACCAUCAUCUACCGUUCAGCCGCAAGUGAAAUUCCUAUACCGGGUCAAAUUCAGUUUAUCGAGAAUGCCCCAACCCGUUCUGCACUUCGUCUUCAUGUGCGGGCAUAUCGACAAUUGCCAAAAAAUAUCUAUGACCCAUUUCUCCAAUACCCAUAUCUCCAGUCAGCUACGUACUCAUCUCAGCUUAGUGACACUGAGGAGAUAAUUGGUUUAGACCAUAUUGUCUCUCAUGCUGCUCUGUUUGACUAUUCUCAUAGCAGAUCUGUUUUCGUUAAUCUGUCUAGA